AUGACCCCUCCAAGCACUCCUGAAGCCUGGCGUGAGAUUGCCAACCAGUUCAUGACAAGGUGGAACUUUCCUCAUUGUUGUGGUGCCCUUGACGGCAAACAUGUUGCCUGCAGAUGCCCUAACUCUUCCGGAUCAACCUACUACAACUACAAGGGAUUCUAUUCUGUGGUGAUUAUGGCCCUAGUUGACGCAGAUUACAAGUUCAUCUGGGCAGAUGUUGGUGGGAAAGGAGCAGCAUCCGAUGCACAAAUCUAUAACGGGUCUGAGCUGAAAGAAUGCAUCGAUGAUGGCUCUAUUGGCUUACAACCAGCUGAACCCCUGCCCAACGACAACGAGGAUGUGCCGUACUACUUAAUCGGUGACGACGCGUUCGCCUUGAGGUCUAACAUGAUGAAGCCGUAUUCGCACCGUGGUAUGAGCGACGACGAGAGGAUCUUCAACUACAGGCUGUCAAGGGCACGUCGUGUGGUCGAGAAUGCCUUUGGCAUCCUUGCCAAUAGGUUCCAGGUUCUCCUCACCACUAUGAACCAUGCUCCCGCAACCGUAAGGCUCAUCGUUACCACGUGCCUGUGUUUGCACAGUCUGAUGCGUAUGAGGUAUCCACGUCAGCAGAACAUUCGCAUGGACCGUGAGGACAAUAAUCAUCAAGUAAUUCCUGGACAAUGGAGAACACAGCGCAAUCUGGAGGACACCGUCAAUGUCAGAGGACCUAACGUGGACAACAGACAGGGGAAGCGCCAGAGGAACCUCCUGAAACACUGGUGCAACUCAGAGGCUGGUGCUGUUCCAUGGCAAUUGGAUAUGAUAUGA